UUUCCAGCUUUGUUUACAUGAAUAUUUUAGGUGGUGUUUGGCGCGCUAGUCUUAUAGCCUCGUAUAAUCACGAGACCUAUAGAUUUAAGUUGCUGUUCUGGUAGGGAAUCCGACUUACUACGAAUACCGACGUAUUCUUCGCGGAAGUACAUAAAAGAAAAGUGCCUUCGGAGUUGGUGGUCCCUGUAUAAUUAUUGAUAAUGGCGUCAAAUAAAGAAAAAGACGGGGAACCCGAAGCUAUGGAACCUCUUACAGUCGGCGAAAAUGGCGAUAUACCGCCGGUUGAAAUCAAGGAAAUUCAUCUGAAAAAAGAAGUCUCUCUCAUUAAUGGCGUAGCACUGGUAGUCGGUGUUAUGAUCGGGUCAGGAAUCUUUAUUUCCCCGAAAGGUGUUUUACAACAGACCGGUUCCGUAGGUCUAAGUUUAGUGGUAUGGGCCGGUUGUGGGUUGUUGGCUCUUUUUGGUUCUUUGUGUUAUUGUGAAAUGGGGACAAUGAUCCCCAAGUCUGGUGCCGAGUACUCCUAUCUGAAGGACGCGUUUGGUCCUCUUCCCGCUUUCCUGUACAGUUGGACCCUGGCUCUUAUCAUCCGGCCGUCUUCACUGGCCAUCGUGAGUCUUACAUUUGCAAGAUACGUCACACAACCUUUCUUUCCCAAUUGUGAAAUAAGCCCUCUUUCUGUAAGAAAGAUCCUGGCUGCGUGUUGUUUAGCUCUUACUCUAUUUAUCAACUGCGCAAGCGUGCGAUGGGCAACUCGUAUUCAAGACAGCUUCACACUCGGAAAACUCAUCGCUAUUGCUAUCCUCGUGAUCCUUGGCAUCAUCACCAUCGCCAAAGGUCAGGUAGAGUACUUGGAGGAUCCAUUCGAGAAAAGUACGCCCAACCCCGCCGCUAUUGGACUCGCUUUCUACUCGGGUCUCUGGGCCUACGAUGGAUGGAACGCGCUCAACUUUGUUACUGAAGAGAUGAAGAACCCAGCCAGGGACCUCCCGCGUGCCCUGAUUAUUGGCAUUCCCUUGGUUACCAUCUGCUACCUGCUUACAAACAUCGCCUACAUCGCGGUCGUCGGUCGCGAGGGCAUUCUAUCGUCCGGAGCUGUUGCCAUGACUGUGGGAGACAUGUACCUCGGCCCUAUGUCCUGGAUCAUCCCCAUCUUUGUUGCGUGCUCCACGUUUGGUUGUGUCAAUGGUCUGCUCUUCAGCGGAGCCAGGUUGGUGUACGUUUCGGCUCGUAACGGCCACAUGCCUCGACUGCUAGCCAUGAUCCACAACAAGUGCCAGACCCCCAUGCCAUCCAUCAUCUUUAUGAACACUAUAGCCCUCAUCAUGUUAAUUCCGGAUGCGAGCGAGUUCGGCACCUUAGUGAACUACUUCAGUUUUGCCGCAUGGUUGUCUUACUUCGCGGUCAUCUGCGCCCUGCUGUACUUGAGAUGGAAACGACCGAACGCACACCGCCCUUACAAGGUCUGGCUCGUGAUCCCCGUCAUCGCCGCGUGCGCCGCCCUCUACCUUCUCAUCACGCCCUUCGCCAAGGAACCCGUCGAGUCCUCCAUGGCUCUCAUCUUCAUCGUGCUCGGGAUACCUGUGUACUUCCUGUUCUGUAAAUGGGAUAUCUUAGGAAAGAUGUGCGGACCUUCUGUAGACAAAUUUCUGUGGAACGUACAAAAGUGGUUUGACUUGAGCCUCGAAGAGCGUCCCGAUCUCAUCGAUGACGAAGAGGAGAUUCCCGCCAAAUACGAGGAUUAAAUCACGUGUCUGGCACGUGAUGACCGACACGUGAUGUCUAGCAAGUACUCAAUUGGUGUAAAACAAGUGUUGUGUUACGAGUGAUGUGUUUAGAAUGAUGACUAGCACCCUCACCUCGCGAGGUUUCAAGAAGGUUACAGGCAAAGAAGCGUCUGUAGUUUUACUUCCGUUAUAAGAAUACUAAAGAUCUCAGGAAUAAUUGAAGUUGCAAAUUGUCACAUGCUCGAUGGUCCAGCGCUUUCUUCUUCGACCGCGAAAUAAUAUGCGAUGAGGCUGGUUUAGACAGCACGAUUUAUUAGUCGUAUGCGACUUGCCCGCAACAUCUCUACAACUCGGGUCGAAGAGUGUCAAUCGACCUACGACUCCGCUACGACGCUCGAUUACGAAAGUCGUAGUGUGUAAUUCAGGGCGAAGACAUGUCGUAGGCAGGUCGCAUACGAGUAAAUCGUUCUGCCUGAAUUAGCCUAUAGGGACCUUUCGCCCGCGCCCUCAAAGAACGCUUUGUCUCCCAGCAUGCUUCUUGGCAAUCUCGUACCCAAGACCUUUCUCAAGUCAGAAAUGAGACAGCCUUUUAAUACUGAUUGCAAGCAUAAUAUUUAACUUAACUAGGAAUAAUAUGGGCGAUAAUAUGUAUCCACAACUAAAUUGAUCUAGUAGGAAUUUUCAUUAUUUUAAUAUUAUCGUGAGAAACAAUUAGAAAUGUUAAGGUGAAUCUGUCUGCCUAAGUGCUAAGGAUCUGGUCCUUAGCGCCUAGGAUUUUUUGGCGGGAAGAGUUGUGUUACAAGGUAGUGUAGUGGCAUGAACAGAAUCAAUGUCGUCGAAGCGUGGUUCCAUCUCUCUCAGAGACUUGAGCAACAUAGCAAAGUUUUUAUUCUUUUAAGCAUAAAAUAUGAUAAGGUAUUUACCCGAUUAUUUAAUUUGAAUGAAUAUUGUAAGAAAGUGUAUAUAAAAUUCCAUUAGCAUUAUCUCAAAUUCACUAGUGGUAUUUGUGGAUCUCAAGAACUUUCAUCAUAUUCAUCCAUUUUCCAACAUGCGAAUUGAGCUACCAUAACAAUUGGCAUCAGGACCGUUUAAUCGUUAGGAAUUUCGCUCAUUAUAACAUGCAUUGCAACACAAAUCAAGUGACUGGAACUUGGGUUCCCUGUGGCUACUGCAAACGGGAACUACACACCAAUGUCCCACAGGGAACCCAAGUAGCAGCAAUCAAAUUUUAGUGUUAGGUGCAUACCUAUACAAACGUUAAAAUACGCGUUGUUAGAUACUGUAGAUUAAAUGUUAAUUUAAUUGUAUGAAAUGGGAAAAUAAACGAGUCAUAUCACGUCA